UCAGACAGCUGCAGUAAAGGGCAUCUUCUAACGUUAUAAUGUAAUAUAUGUGUAUAGAUUACACAACAAGAACUUGUAGAUAACUUUCUUUUACAUUGUCGCACCAUUAGAAAGUGUGCUGACUAUCUUUAUUUAAUCACAUAGUAUUAUUUUUCCUUUACUAAACAGUCCAUAUGGCUCGUUUCCCAAGUAUAGAUGACAAAUGUGCUGUUUUACAUUUAUCCCGUCUGCAUCUUGACGACUUGAACUUGGAUCAUCUGGCGGACAGCAAAAGAAAACAGAUACAGCAGCUGCACCUCACUUACAAUCGCCUGACGCUUCUCCCGACUUCCGUUUGCUUUCUGUCCAACCUGGAGUAUCUGGAUAUCAGCAAUAACGCGCUCACGGUCAUACCAGAUGACAUUAUGCGACUGAAGAACUUAAAGACGUUUGUUGCAAAGAAUAAUCUUUUGAACGAGUGCUCGUUUCCAAAGGACUUUGACUGCAUUCGUGUGGAGACUCUGAAUCUGAGUGGAAACAGGUUUGAGGAUAUUCCCGCGCAAUUUCUUAAAAUGACUACACUACAGUCCCUGUCCCUUGGAGGAAAUAGGCUGAAGAAUAUUCCUGAAGAAAUACAGAAUCUGACCAGUCUAGAGAUGCUGUAUUUGGGAGGGAACCUCAUCUCCUCUAUCCCACCUGAGGUGGCUAACCUCACCUGUCUGAGAUACCUGGUCCUGUGUGACAAUCGCAUCCAAAGCGUACCACCCCAGCUCAACAAACUACACUCCCUGCUCUCUCUCAGUCUCCACAAUAACCUGCUGACCUUUCUCCCUCGUGAGAUCCUCAGCCUCAUUCAUUUGCAGGAGCUCAGUCUGCGUGGAAACCCUCUGGUGGUGCGCUUCAUCAAGGACAUGACCUAUGACCCUCCGUCUCUGAUGGAGCUCGCAGGGCGCACAAUCAAGUCUCAGAACCUUCCGUUCCGCUCGUGUGAUCUGCCGGCCAAUCUGAUCUAUUAUUUAAACCUGGCUAGUGAAUGUCCCAAUCCAAAAUGUGCAGGUGUUUACUUCGACUCGUGUGUGAGACACAUCAAGUUUGUGGAUUUCUGCGGGAAGUACCGCCUACCGCUCAUGCAUUACCUGUGCUCCCCGCAGUGUUCCUCUCCCUGCAGCUCAAACCCACAGAGCGACGCCGAAUCAGAAGAGGAGAACAGCGUCCCUGCAGACAGGCUUCAAAGGGUCCUGCUGGGAUAGGACCAAAAUCCAACAGCUACAGUAACCCGGCAUGGGAUUUUCCAUUUAAUGGCUAAUUUCAUGUUUUGAUAGUCUUACACUACUAAAAAACACUUUGAGCUGAAUGCGUUGGGUUUUAGAACUGUUUUAGUGACUCCGCAAAACAGUUUUUUAAUUUAACAUAAAUAUAUGUGGGUUUAAACUAAAAAUCCUAGUUUGCGAUAACAUGAUAUGUGUAUGAUAUGUGUUCUACUCUUAUGUCGUUCCAAACUGAUAUAUAGUGGGGUAAAGAUAUUCAACACGCCACGUUUUUUUCUGGGAAAAAUAUUCUAAAGGAGCUGUUGACAUUGAAUUGAACCCGAUUUUGGUAAAAACCCAAACAAUACAAACAUAAAAAUAAAAUGAAACAAAAAACUUUGAAAAAAUUGUUACGUGUAAUAGCAAUGGAAUCACACAAGGAGAAAGUGCUGAACUAGUGAAAUGUAUUAAACACUUUAUAUAAAAGGCUUUUUUGGUGACGGCAGCUUAAAGACGUCUCUCAUAUGGAGAAUGAAGUCACAUGAAUUGCUCGGGUGUCAGUUUUUCACAGACUUCAACAGAGUGUAAAAAUCUUGAUGGUUCUGGGGAUCUCGUCUAUCAAAUCUGAUCUUUAAUUUGUAUUUUCUAUUGGAUUCAAGUCAGAUGAUUGGCUGGGCCAUUCUACAGCUUGAUUUUCUUUCUAUGAAAGCAUUUGAGAGUUUCCUUGGCUGUGUUUUGGAUCAUUGUCUUGCUGAAAUGUCCACCCUGGUUUCAUCUUUAUCAUCAUGCUAAUGUAGAUGUUAGACUGAAGCAGCUAAUAUUAAAUUACACUGACGAAGGGCAGAGGGUUGCUGAAGAACUACUAAUAGAUUUCAGCUGCUGUCUGGGCUUUCACCGCCUUUCUACCCCUUCCUUUAUUCAUGCGUUCUAUACUUUUUCCCUGCUUCAUUUCAUUUUUUUUUACACAUAACUUAAUUUGUAAACUAAUGUUUUCUUUGCAUAUAUUGAUUUCUGAAUGUUACCAACAUCUGGUGAAAAUUUUUCUGAGAGAGUUUUCUGAGAAAAAUGGUGACGUGUUGAAUACUUAUUUCCCCCACUAUAUAUACACAUACUGUUGGAUGACUUUGCAUACUAUGUAUUGUCACAUGGACUACUUUUGUUGUUCUUUUGUCAUGUUUUUGUGAUGCACCUACUUUGUGUUUCACAGAAAAAAAUCAGCAAGCUUGUUUGCUAGGGAAAAUGCUGAAAAUCUUGACUUUCCAUCUUGAAAAUGUUGCUCAUACAGCAUUUAAAAAUGUUUGCAUAUUACCGAAAACAGUGUUUUAAAUAGGUAUCUUAAAAAAAACUGGACUUCUCUACAAAAUAGCAGUAAAAAAAAUUUCUAAUCAUUUAACCAUGAACCCUUAUGCACUGUUGGCGAUGUUUUCAUCCUGAUUUUGUGUCUUAAUUUGGCCAAAACUUUUUCUGUGUUAUAGCAAAUGGAAUGAUUUUUGGUGACAAAUCUUAUUUCGACACACAUUUUAAGAAAAUGCUUUGAAAUAGUUAAAGAACUCAACAAUACACUCUGGGCAAAUUGACUACCCUUUUGUUUUUUUUAGGGAUGAAAACCUCCACUAAAUUAAACUGCUGUAAAAUGCAU